AUGGCGGAUUUUCCGACAAAAGCUCAUGAAAAGCGAAAGGCUGGCGGUGAAAAUCCUGCUUCGCAUUUGAAGCCAUCUAACGUAUCCAAGAAAACAAAGAUUGAUCGUUCUGAGAAGAUUUCUUCCACAGAAGAAGAUGUAUCGCCUGUGAACAGCGAGAAAACAAUUAUAGACCUGACAGCCGACCACUCUGCUUCACCAUUUACUUCCUCGCUGGUAUCAGAGUUGGUCUUCGAUGAGUUUGAUGAAGAAACCCACGACGAUUUCGAAGAAUAUCGUGAAUGCGAUUACGACUUAGAUGAUAAAUGCAAAUACGAGUCUGGUGAUGACGAUGACGACUAUUCACCCAAAAAUAUCGAAACGAAAGUUCACAUUUUGAAAGGCACGAAAGCGCAAUGCAUGCUUUCGAUCCACGUCACCAAAGCUGAACAAGAUAAUAAAUGGCUGGAUAACAUUCGUGUUGAGUGCUCCCACAAAGGUGGCUGGGUUGGCCGUGCUGUUAGUAGAUAUAUUCAUCGGCAGGGAAUCAAAUCCAAUUUCUUGAACAUGAUGGAAUCACCAAGUUGUAAGAUGGAAGAGAUGGCCAAUGAACUUUUCAUUAAAUUCGGCUGUCUACUUCGCAAGUUUGAGGAUCACGUAAUACAACGAGGUACUGGUGCAUGGGGAGCUGAGAUGGACGUCGGCCCGUUGGUUUUGUUGGAAGAAAUUGAAAUCACUGACAAGAGGUUUCGUCGCAAGGGGUUGGGUCGAGCUAUGGUCAAGGCGCUGAUUCAAAAAUCACAGGCGCAGGCACAUCAUUUUCGGAGACUCCAUUCUAACCGCGAGAGGCGCGCCACAAAACGUCAAGCUCUCGACUCCGCUAUUGCAUUUUAUCGCUCUCUUGGUUUCCGCCGCAUUGGCUCUUCAAGUUAUUUUGGCUUUUCAGUAGAUCCAAAGCAUAAGGCCCAUUCUAUCAACGUCCACGCCGAUUAUGAUCCACCAAGAGUUGACGAGGAACUGGAGAUACCCGACGACGAGGAUAUCGUUGAAACUUCAUCAAUGAACUCUUUCGAUGAAGCCGCAUAG